ACCGUCCAGGGAUGAGACGGAGGAGAAAACAAGACGGCGGUCACCAGAAAACUUUCAGGGAAAUCACCUGCAGGACUUGGACAAUGUGUUUGUUGCCGAAGUGGUGGAUUUUUAUCGUUUGCCUGACAGAUGUCCUCCCUCUCCGUUGCUCGGGGGUUCACGUGUUUGUGAGAGACGAGAAGAGGUAUGCUGUGUUGUUCCAGUCAGUGGUUCUGCCGUGUCAUUACAACACCGUGUCCACCCAGACCCCUGUGGUGCAGUGGGUCUACAAGUCAUACUGUAGGGACCGCACGCGGGAUUCCUUCAACUUCGCCGACAGCCUGAGCAGAGGCCAGGGAGGAGGUGGGCUGACAGGUGGAACCAGAGGAGUCGCCGGAGGGUACGAGACGGGGAUGACGGCGAGCUACCUCGACUGCGCUGACAGCAGCCGGACGGUCCGAACUGUGGCCUCCAUCUCUGGCUCCUCGAUCACACUGUCAGAGUACUACAAGAGCAGAGACAUCUCCAUCAUCAACAAGGCAGACUUGCGCAUAGGAGAGGUCCAGUGGGGCGACAGUGGAGUUUACAUCUGUAAAGUGAUCAUAUCUGAUGAUCUAGAGGGACAGAAUGAAGCCUCUGUGGAGCUGCUGGUUCUUGGUUUCUCAGGUGUGCCUGAAGAUCUCCUGCCAGACUUUGAUUUGAAGAUUAUGCCAGAGUGGGUGUUUGUGGCAGCUGUGGCGCUGGGCAGUGUCUUAUUCCUGCUGCUGGUUGGGAUUUGUUGGUGCCAGUGUUGUCCUCACUCCUGCUGCUGCUACGUCAGCUGCUGGUGCUGCCCGGACACAUGCUGCUGCCCAAGACACUUGUAUGAGGCAGGUAAGGGCAUAAAGACAGGCUCCUCCACCCCUCAAACACCUGCCUACCCUCCAUACUUUGUGACUGGUGUCCCAACGAUGGUCCCCAUCGCUCCACCAUCCCUGGUGGACAAGAUGUCCACUGUCCCCCCUUCGGAUGGCAGCAUACUCACAGCAGUGCCGAUGCAUUCUGUAGGGGUCCCCUACCGCGUGCCUUCACCUCAAGAUCAGGAGUCUCUCAGGGUGCUACAGUAUGUAGAGAAACAGCUGGCUCACUUCAACCCUGCAAGGUCCAACAGCCACCAGUCCUGUAGCCUGUCCGAGCUGAGCUCCCUCCACGAGGGAGACUCCGGCUUCCGCCAAACAUUCAGAAACGUCCAGAAGAAAGCUCUGCCCGCCAUCCCUGACCACGACCCUCAGGCUGAGCCCCAACGCUCACGUGACAACCGCAGCCCAGAGCCGCAGCGUUACCGUGACAAACCCCCUUCGCCCCAACGAUAUCGCGACGACAACGACUCAGAGUCCCGCCGCUGCCAGGAAGAGCCUCUUCCUCCGCGACGGUAUAGCGACGACCCUUCAUCCUCCUCACCGUCGCGCAGGCCUGGUCGAAGUCAACGGCAACAGAAUCACAGUGACGAGGACAACCACAGCAGGUGGAACCCUCGUUCAGAACAUCUGCACAGAAAGACAUACCGUACUGCUGGACGAACCGGCUCACUGGAUGAGUUGGAGGAGUUUGCUGCUUCUUACAAACAGAGAGGAGGCAGAGGGCAAGUGAAAAGGGAAGAAGACAGAGGAGAAUACGAGAUGGAUUUUCUGGAGUUUGGUCGCUAUCCCUCCUACCGUAAUGGUCCACCUCAGCAUUACUACAAUCAUGAAAAUGAGCUGGGAGACAGCAGCGACCGCGAAGAUCAUCCCAGACGAAACAAGAAAAACGAACAUGACAUAAGCCCACUUCAGUCACCCAAAAAGAGGAGGGGCACGUGGGAUAGCGAGCGCCCCGCGCCACCUCCACCCAGAGUCAGUCCACCAUCAACCUCUUCUCAAGAGAAGGACUACGAUGGCACAUUCCUGAACAGCCUGCUGGAGCGUAAGGCUAAGUUGCGAGGGGUCAGCCAGGGGAAGACUGGGGCCCGGGGUGAGGAGGAUUCGGACACACCCUCAAAGGGCAGCUCAAAAAAGAGCAGCGGGGAAUCUAGUCGGCACUGCAGCCGCUCGCCCAGUAACAGGCCUGAGGCAGAUUCACUGCCUCCUUACUCAGACACAGAGCGAAGCAGAACUGACAGGCCAUCUCCACGGCCGCUCCCAGCAAACAGUCGCCCCUCUCAACCUCCUGUUUAUUCCCUGCCGGGGCGCAGAGAGGAGCCCAGAGACAAGACGCGGAAAGUGGGCACUCUUCUCAGCCGGGACUCCCUCAUCGUCUGAGCAACUGAAAGCCACGCACUAGUAUUUACACUCUACAAGAGCCGCCGAUGAAAGAUGAGAAUUGACUUUGAUUGCAAAAAUAUACAACUGAGUGUAAAGGAAAGCUGAAUCAGCACGGGUGAAUGACGAAACAGACGACAGACACUUUUACUACGGAGACUGUCACUGGGGUUUCUGCCUGUGACGUCGCUGAACGAUGAAGUCAUCACUUUUCCGUUUCUGUCUCCGGCUGCCUCAUAUAUAUCUCAGCUGGACUAACACUGAACUAAUGUGGGCUGGGUGUAUGACCUGGACUGUCCCUCCCAGCAGGACGCCGUUCGUCUUCCCCCUCAUCCCUUUCAGAGAAGACUUGCUUUACACUUCCAGCACAAUGAGUGCAUUCAUUUCCAUUUGAUGAGGUAUCUGCUUUAAAUAAGCACAGUUGUAGAAAAGGACGUAUAUAACAACAGCAUUAUUGUAAAGGACAGACUGUAGCUACAGCUGAAUGACAAUACACACCCUGUGUCAUUCAGUAACACAUUCAGGGACUAAAGCACCUAAUGCAGACGGCUUCUAUGAGAUUUUAAUGCUAACUAAAGCUUGAAGUAGUAACCAACAGUAAGAAAUGAUAAUAUCAUGUGUAUAUAGAGAGGAGGUGGACAAAAUAAUGUAUACAUCUCGUGGAAAAGGACUUUUAAAGCUACAUUAAGCUAAAGCGGGACUGGGCUUAUAAACGCCGUGGUCGGUCGAGCGUUGGAGUUUCCCAAGUGGCUGUUGCUCUUUCAAACUGAGUUGUCGUGAACAGUCCUUAAUUACUGACUUAAACAUAGCUUAACCAUGUCAUGAGAUAUCAGCCCAGUUGCCAGAAGUAAAUGUUGGCAAAGUAAUAUAUACGCUGACUUGGUCAUCAGAAGGGGGAGGGGACGGUGGGUGGCAUGGCACCCAGGUGAGACACCUGUCAAGCUCCAGAGACCUGCAAACAACAAAAGUGGUUGUGUUUUAGUGAGUCAUUGCUGUGUUUCCAACGACUUUUUAGCCUCCAAAUGUGGGUGUUUUGUAGCAACCUGUUGAUUGUGAUAGUGCCCCAAAAGGAGGUUGUUUUUUACCAAGACAUCGCUGCUUCUCCUGCCAGGAUUGUGCCCCCAUUUUAAGCCAAAGCAUGAUGUUUUCCUAACCAUAACCAGUGGGUUUCUGUGCCUAAACAUAACCACACAUUAGCCACAGUGUUGUUGAAAGGUAAAGUUUCAAAGUAUUCGCAACAUAAUAACAUGCAAAUGUAAAGUAUCCAUGGUUUGCAGAAACAUACAAUGCCAUCAUUUUUUCUGGCAAUUGGGUUGGUGGUAUACUACUUCACAUUACACACAUUACAAAAAGAAUAUUCCUGGGGCCACUACACAAAAGUGCAGAUGAACAUUUGAUAUCCAGGAAUUCACAUUACAGACCCUACUGACUAUCAAUCUAACAAUUCGGCCACAAUUUGGCACACUGAAAAUUCACAGUCCAGCCGUAUGCAAGGUUUGAACUAAUAUGUUAUUGACAGUGGAUCAAUAAUGUGAGAGUGGUUACUUAUACUGACAAAGUAUCACCAAACUCUGCGGUACCUCUCAACAAUAAUAAGCGUUGUAGCAUCUUUCAGCUCAUUGUUUUGGUUUUGUUGCCCGCAACUAUACGGCUUUGGUUCCCUCCCACUGCUCUCAUCAGUCUUGUUUUCAGCAGCAGCUGUUUUUAGUUUUAAUAAAAAGGUCUAAAAACUGGCUUUACACCACCUGCUCAGCACCACAGACAAAGUCAAAGACUAGCUGGUGAACAUAGUGGAGCUCUUGGCAGCUACUUCCCUCAGGAGUUGUUGGGAGAGCAAAUCGGAGCUGAUAUGAGAGUGAAUAUUGGACUAAUAAUCGUCGAGUGGACACAGACAGGACUCACAAUGAAUGCUUAUGUUGCUCUGUAUUUCCUGGAUAUCGAAAUAAACAACUGUUUGCUGAAACAUUUGCCAUACCAGCUUUAUAACAUGGUAAUAUCCCAGUGUGUUUACAGCUUCUACUGCUGCCCCCAUCUGGCCAAAAAAUGUACAGCAACUUAGUCGUACAUGCAAAUGAGCAGGUUGAAAGCCAUGUAGCAAAAUUUAUCAGGCAGAGAAGAAGUCUGAUUUUAUUAAUGUAUAUUUUAAAGGUUUUUAAGGCAACUUAAGAUGAAAACAGAAUUUAAAUAAUGUGUGCCCACACUGCAGGAGUGCCUGUCAGAAAUGUAUUUGAUAGGUCAGUCAAUCGGAAAGUCACAGUAACAUACAGUAUGCACCAAACACAGAAAGCUACAUGUGGUAAACUAAUACUGCAGUCUGAUCUCUGACCUAACAUGACCCACAGUUCUGCAGCAGUUGCAGUGGUGAUUUAGUUACUCAUAAGUUACGUUCCGUAUCCAUGAAGCAAUUACUUUUGUCUCCUCCCUGUAUGUCUGUCCAUCUUCUAUUAAAACAUGUUAGUUUGCACAGAUUAAUGAUUUUCCAAGGGACUAAAACCUGAUGAAAUGUUGUAUUUUUUCUGUAAACCUUUAAAGUAUUAAGCUGCCACUUGCCUUUAAAAGAUUUUUGUACUACAGGAUGACAUUUUUAUAUGUAAACUGGGUCUAUUUAUGUGCGUGGUGUGAUAUGAUCAAUGUAAUUAGUAAAUGAUUAUGUUUGUUUAAGCUCUCCAGUGUGAGUGUGUACAUAAACUGAAGUGCCUUCAAUCUGA